AUGCCUCACAAACACACGCGCCGCAAUGACGGCGACCAGAAGAACUUCAACCUCCCUCCGACCAUCCUUGCGAAACCACUCCCGAACUACGAGAAGACCGAGAAAACGUCCUUGAAGCGCGGACAGAGAAAAGCACCGCAAAAGGAACAUCAACCGAACCUCAAGCGAAAGCGUCAAAAUGGCGGCGGAACAACAGACUACGGAGCGGACGACACACCACGAGCAUUCGCCCGACUCAUGGAUCUCAGCGCCGGCAAGAAGAUGCGAAGUGGACUGGACAAUGGCGAAAGCAAAAAGGCCGUGAAGAAGAAGCGGAAGUUAGAAGACGAUACCGCAAAGGCCGCUGCAGGAGGAAAGUCAACACCGGCCAAAGAGACAGAAGCAGCAGCCGCAGCAGCCGCCCUCCUAACAGCACCACCACCCGCACAACUCAAAAUCCAGCCCGGCGAGCGUCUCGCGGACUUUGCUGCCCGUGUAAAUCAGACAUUACCCAUGAGCGGUCUCACGAGGAAGGGAGGCGCAGGACAAGAGCGAGUCACGAAGACGGAGAAGAGGAUGAAGAAGAUGUACGCCGAAUGGCGGACAGAGGAGCAGAAACGAAAGGACAAAUUGGAAGAGCUUCAAGAACAACAGGAGGAUGAGGAUGAGGAGUUAGCAACAGAACACGGCGGGCAACAAGUCCGACUCUCCACAGUUGGUCGCAAAGGCAAGAGGGCGCGGAUGGUCGGUGAAGUGAGUGAUGAUGAAGAUCCCUGGGCGGUGUUGAAGGAAAGAAGGGAUAAGCCGAAAGGACUGCAUGAUGUUGUGCUCGCGCCGCCUACGAUCAAGGUCGUGCCGAAGGAGAGAUUCAAGGUUAGGGAUGGCGCGAAGGUGGAGGUUGCAAAUGUUCCCGGAGCGAGUGGCAGUUUGAAGAGGAGAGAGGAGUUGGGAGAGGCAAGAAUGGAGGUCAUUGAGCGGUAUCGAGCGAUGAUGAAGGCGGCGAAGACAUGA